AAGGCAAAAUGCUCAAGCCAAUGCAAUCAAAGCCUUGGUAAUUGAAACUCCACACCUGAAUCACACCUGGCCUAUUGGACACUUCAAUAAUAUACCAACUUUUUACCACCUUUUACUUUUUUAAAAAAAAUAAAAUGCAUUUUAUCACUCAUUCCACCAAUCUAUUUACACUUGUUCCCUAGUCUCAUUAGCCCAAGGUUCUUGGUAGCUACUCAUUCUCUCUUCAUUCACCUCUCUCUCUCUCUAGAGACAUGAGGAUCUUCAGUUGGGCCCUAAACAAGCUAAGUGGGAGGCAAGAAACAAAGAUAUGUGAUCGGCAUUCGCGCCCGGUUCAUCACGCAAACACAUCUGAUCUCUCUGAAGACGAAUUCAGCGACUGGCCUCAAUUGCUUCUCUCGAUCGGCACACUCGGUAACAGCGAGUUAGGGCAAAUUCCGGAGACUACGCAUUCAUCACAAGAUCUCAACAACCUCACUGUAGAAGAACUUGAUAGGUUAGAGAAAGAAAUAGACGACAUGUUGACACGCAAAUGCGAGUCUAGCACCGAUGAGUUCGACAGCGAAAGCAGUAGAGAUCUGUCGCUGCAUAGCGAGAUCGUUGUAAUUGAAGCCCAAGAUUCGGUAGCAGGAAAUCAAAAUGCACUUAAGAAGAAAUCAGCAUCAUUUCUCCUCAAGAAGAUGUUUGUUUGCAAAGGUGGCUUCACUCCAGCUCCUGAGUUGAGGGCUCCAUUCCCUGAAUCAAGAAUGGAAAAGAUUUGGAGAGCUAUUCUUCACAAGAAAAUACACCAAAUACAUCCUCAAAACUCUGCAACAACAAAAAAAGGCAAGUAUUUGGAGAGCAAACCACAGGAAAUCGAGGAAGAGAAGCAGGAGAAAGGAGAAGAUGGGGGCAAAUGGGUCAAAACAGAUUCACAAUUCAUUGUUCUUGAAAUAUAGGAGCUUUAUAUUCUUUGAAAAAUGUCUGGUACCAAGACUCUUUUUGAAUCAGAUGAUUUGGGCUGUUUAAAAGACCCCCAUUGAGUAAUUAGCAUCUACAUUUCUGAAAGAGAAAAUCAUUUCCUUAUGCUGCAUUUAUGUAGUUGUGUUCUACUAUGUACAUUCAAAAUCUCCAUUUUCUUAAAAUCCUAAAAAAUUUUUUUGGGCUAAUAUAUAAUGGCAUGAAUUACUGUCAUUCAAGCUUACUCAAGCUUAUU